GGAUCAACUGUGGAUGAGUAGCAGUGGCACAGCACAGAUCAGCCAGUGAAGAGAGCCAACCAGACGACAGGAAGGCACACCGUCGAGGAGCUCUUAGGAGCCGAAACAUUUCUCUAAGUGUUUGGGAUCCCGCCAUUCAACAGGGACCCUGGAGAGAAGAUCACAAAACUCAACAUUUAGGGAGUGGCUUUUAUACUUAACAUCUUUAGAAACCAGGAUUUUUUUUUCUUUUUGCAGCCAGGAUGGCUCGGGAUAUGUCAGAUAAGGAAAUCUUGAAAAUGGAGUUGGAGCAGUUGAAAAAGGAAGUGAGCACAGCAAGAACACCAGUGAGUGCAAACUGUACAGAAAUAAUUGCUUUCGUUGAAGGACUCUUGCCAAAUGAUCCGCUGAUUAAGGGCGUUCCAGAUGACAAGAACCCUUACAAGGGAGACAAAGGAGGCUGCAUUUUAACAUAGCACAAAGUCAUCCAAGGGAGAGUUUAUGUUUCUGUCAGAGUUGGUUGAUUUGUAGAGGUUUUUCUGGUUCAAAUGUAUAAAUAAAAAAAUAAAAAAACGAAGGUCUGGAUCAGUGUUUCUGUCAGCACUGUAAUAGUCAGUAUGACACUGGGUUACUUUGUAAAUAAAUAAAAAUAGCUGUAUACAUC